GCGCCAGCCCCGACUCUGGUCUCAGCGGCGGUGGCAGCCGAGGUGCAGGAUGCGAGAAGGCGCCCCCCGGCCGGGCUCCCGCUCCAGGCCUCACUCCCCUGCGGCCCUCUGAGCCCACCAUGGCCGUUCCACCGGGCCAUGGUCCCUUCUCUGGCUUCCCGGGGCCCCAGGAGCACACACAGGUGCUGCCUGAUGUGCGGCUGCUGCCACGGAGGCUGCCCUUGGCCUUCCGGGAUGCCACCUCAGCCCCCCUGCGCAAGCUCUCCGUGGACCUCAUCAAAACCUAUAAGCACAUCAAUGAGGUGUACUAUGCGAAAAAGAAGCGGCGGGCCCAGCCGGCGCCUCCGCAGGACGCGAGCACCAAGAAGGAGAAGAAGGUGCUGAACCACGGCUACGACGACGACAACCACGACUACAUCGUGCGCAGUGGCGAGCGCUGGCUGGAGCGCUACGAGAUCGACUCCCUCAUUGGCAAGGGCUCCUUUGGCCAGGUGGUGAAAGCCUACGAUCACCAGACCCAGGAGCUGGUGGCCAUCAAGAUCAUCAAAAACAAGAAGGCCUUCCUGAACCAGGCGCAGAUCGAGCUGCGGCUGUUGGAGCUCAUGAACCAGCACGACACAGAGAUGAAGUACUACAUAGUGCACCUGAAGCGGCACUUCAUGUUCCGGAACCACCUGUGCCUGGUGUUCGAGCUGCUUUCCUACAACCUGUACGACCUCCUGCGCAACACGCACUUCCGCGGCGUCUCGCUGAACCUGACGCGGAAGCUGGCGCAGCAGCUCUGCACGGCGCUGCUCUUCCUGGCCACGCCCGAGCUCAGCAUCAUCCACUGCGACCUCAAGCCCGAGAACAUCCUGCUCUGCAACCCCAAGCGCAGCGCCAUCAAGAUCGUAGACUUUGGCAGCUCCUGCCAGCUUGGCCAGCGGAUCUACCAGUACAUCCAGAGCCGCUUCUACCGCUCACCCGAGGUGCUUCUGGGCACGCCCUACGACCUGGCCAUCGACAUGUGGUCCCUGGGCUGCAUCCUCGUGGAGAUGCACACCGGAGAGCCCCUCUUCAGUGGCUCCAAUGAGGUGGACCAGAUGAACCGGAUUGUGGAGGUGCUGGGCAUCCCACCAGCCCCCAUGCUGGACCAGGCACCCAAGGCUCGAAAGUACUUUGAGCGGUUGCCUGGGGGUGGCUGGACCCUACGAAGGACAAAGGAACUCAGGAAGGAUUACCAGGGCCCCGGGACACGGCGGCUGCAGGAGGUGCUGGGCGUGCAGACGGGCGGGCCCGGGGGCCGGCGGGCGGGGGAGCCGGGCCACAGCCCCGCCGACUACCUCCGCUUCCAGGACCUGGUGCUGCGCAUGCUGGAGUAUGAGCCCGCUGCCCGCAUCAGCCCGCUGGGGGCUCUGCAGCACGGCUUCUUCCGCCGCACGGCUGAUGAGGCCACCAACACGGGCCCGGCAGGCAGCAGUGCCUCCACCUCGCCCGCACCCCUCGACACCUGCCCCUCCUCCAGCACCGCCAGCUCCAUCUCCAGCUCUGGAGGUUCCAGUGGCUCCUCCAAUGACAACCGGGCCUACCGCUAUAGCAACCGAUAUUGCGGGGGCCCUGGGCCCCCCAUCACUGACUGUGAGAUGAACAGCCCCCAGGUCCCACCCUCUCAGCCGCUGCGCCCCUGGGCAGGGGGUGAUGUGCCCCACAAGACACAUCAGGCCGCUGCCUCGGCCACGUCACUGCCAGGGGCCGGGGCUCAGUUACCCCCCCAGCCCCGAUGCCUUGGCCGUCCCCCAUCACCCACCUCUCCACCACCCCCGGAGCUGAUGGAUGUGAGCUUGGUGGGCGGCCCUCCGGACUGCUCCCCACCUCACCCAGCACCCGCCCCCCAGCACCCGGCUGCCUCAGCCCUCCGGACUCGGAUGACAGGAGGUCGUCCACCCCUCCCACCCCCGGAUGAUCCUGCCACUCUGGGGCCUCGCUUGGGCCUCCGUGGUGUCCCCCAGAGCACGGCAGCCAGCUCAUGACCCUGCCCCUUUCCUGGGGCCCCUCCUGAAGCCAUACCCACCCCCCCAUCUUGGGGGCCCUGGGCUCCCAUCCUCAUCUCUCCCCUUGACUGGAAUUGCUGCUACCCAGCUGGGGUGGGUGAGGCCUGCACUGAUUGGGGCCUGGGGCAGGGGAUCAAGGAGAGAGGGGUUUAGGCGCACCCUCCCCACUAAGGACUGAACCCUUGGCCCCCCUCUCCCCCCUUGUUUUCUAUUUAUUGUACCAAAGACAGUGGUGGUCCGGUGGGGGAGGGGGGUGACCCCUCUCACCCCAGGGCCCUAGGAGGGGUGGGGGCAGGUAGGGGGAGAUGGCCUUGCUCCUCCUUGCUGUACCCCCCAGUAAAGAGCUUUCUCACAUGCCUGCCUGAGCGUUUGCAGGGCCUCGGCUCCCCUCACCCAACCCUCAGAGGCCUGGUGGGGAAUGAGUGGAGUUUGGGGUUGGGGGUGCUGAAAGAGCCCAGUCAUGUGGGAUGGGUCCCUGGGGAAGUUAUGGCUAUUGGAGCAGACGAGGCUGCAAGAAGUCUGGGGCUAUGGAACCCUAGGCAGAUCCCGGAUAGAGUUCUAGCCCACGUUUCCCUUUUCUGGGGUAAACUGAAUGAGCAAGGAUCCCAGAUGUGGCCUGUCUUCGGGAAGUGUCGGAUUCUGCCCUAAUAAGCCAGGGCAUCUACGGAGCCCCGCAGGAAUGGCUCCUGGCGCCAGGCAGGCAGGUGCUGAACGUGCGUAGUCGGCCUCCCUGGUGUCUUCCGGGGACUGGCAGGCAGGCAGUGGGUAUACGUUACCCCCGCACGUCGGGGCUCACCCCGUGGAGCCAUUGCGGAGCAAAGCGUUUUGAGCUUCUCAGGCAAAAAGCUAUUCCUGGGGUUCCAGGUAAGUGAGCUUGUUUCCAUGGCAAUUUGGAAACUUUUUGUCUCCCAGCCGGCCAAUCGAGAGCCACCUGAUUCAAAGGGUACGGUCUCCCACCCCUGGGACACGGCGCUCCCUGGGAAAUGGAGUUCUGCUUGGCGAUCGCGUGUGCCUCUUUUCGUUGGGGAACUACAAAGACCAGAAUUCUGUUCGCCCGGCACUUGGCAGGCUCUCGGGCCGGCAAUUGACAGUCGGAGGCCGCUGGCCCGGAUGUCGGGGGAGAAGGCUGUGAUUGGGCAGUGUGGGUCGGGCUCUGCGCAGGCGCGGAGCC